AUGGACAGAGCGAAACGGGAUCUUCCCAAGGUACGAGAUGAGGAAAGGGAGAGAAUGUUCGGUUCGGUCUACUCUGUUUCCGGACCGGUCGUUAUCGGUGAGAACAUGCGAGGAUGUGCAAUGUACGAGUUGGUCAGAGUUGGGCAUGAUGAGUUGGUAGGAGAGGUCAUUCGAAUCGAAGCGGAUCGAGCCACCAUCCAAGUCUAUGAGGAGACAUCCGGUGUCACUGUUGGAGAUCCGGUACUCAGGACCGGUAAACCAUUGAGUGUUGAGCUUGGACCUGGUCUCAUGACAAACAUCUACGAUGGUAUUCAACGUCCACUUAAGUCUAUCCAAGAGAAAUCUCAGAGUAUUUACAUUCCUCGUGGUAUCAAUACCGAAUCCUUGAGCAGAGAGAUCAAAUGGGAUUUUAACCCUGCGUCUUUCCGAGUCGGUGACCAUCUAUCUGGAGGUGAUAUCUUCGGUAGCGUCUACGAGAACUCUCUUGUAGACAACCAUAAAAUCAUGCUUCCCCCUCGAGCUAUGGGUACCAUCACCCGAAUCGCUGAGAAGGGUAGCUAUACCGUCGAGGAUGUCGUGCUUGAAACCGAAUUCCAAGGCAAGACCACUCAACAUACCAUGAUGCAGCUCUGGCCUGUCAGAGCUCCUCGACCAGUAGCUCAAAAGGAGACGGCCUCUUAUCCCCUGUUCACUGGACAACGAGUUUUGGAUGCGUUGUUCCCAUGUGUUCAAGGUGGUACCACAGCUAUUCCUGGUGCUUUCGGAUGUGGUAAAACCGUUAUCAGUCAAGCCUUGUCGAAAUUCUCCAACUCUGAUAUCAUUAUUUACGUCGGUUGUGGUGAGCGUGGUAAUGAAAUGGCUGAAGUGUUGGCGGAUUUCCCCGAACUCACUCUGGAACGAGAUGGACGAGAAGAACCCAUCAUGAAGCGUACCGCCCUCGUCGCCAAUACUUCCAACAUGCCAGUGGCCGCUCGAGAAGCCUCCAUAUACACUGGUAUCACCUUGUCCGAAUACUUCCGUGAUCAAGGUAACAACGUUGCCAUGAUGGCAGAUUCUACUUCCCGAUGGGCCGAAGCUUUGCGAGAAAUCUCUGGUCGAUUGGCUGAAAUGCCUGCCGAUUCCGGUUACCCCGCUUAUCUUGGUGCUAAGCUUGCCAGUUUCUACGAGCGAGCCGGUAAAGUCACUUGUCUCGGUAACCCUGUCAGACAAGGUACUGUCUCUAUCGUUGGUGCCGUCUCUCCACCCGGUGGUGAUUUCUCAGAUCCAGUUACCAGUGCUACCCUCGGUAUCGUGCAAGUAUUCUGGGGUCUGUCCAAAGCUCUCGCUCAACGUAAACAUUUCCCUUCCGUCGACUGGAAUGUCUCAUACUCCAAAUACCUCAAGGUCCUCGACCCUCACUACGAAAAGAGUAACCCUGGUUUCAUCGACUUGCGUACCAGAGCCAAGGAGAUCUUGCAAAAAGAGCAAGAUUUGGCAGAGAUCGUACAGCUUGUCGGAAAGAGUGCUUUGGGUGAGAGUGACAAGAUCACUUUGGAAGUCGCUCGAAUGCUCAAGGAUGAUUUCCUGCAACAAAACGGUAUCUCCGAAUACGAUCGAUACUGUCCAUUCUACAAGACUUCAGGCAUGUUAAAGAAUUUUGUUGCCUUCUAUGAUCAGUCUCAACGGGCUGUGGAAACGAGUGACAUGACUUUUGCUAAGGUUCGUGACUCUGCCGCCGAUGUCAUGUACAAACUCUCCCAAAUGAAAUUCGAAUCGCCCAACACUCAAAGCGAGCAAGAUAUCCAAGGUAAAUUCGACCAAUUAUACAACGAGAUCGGCGAGACCUUCAGGCGAAUGCAAGAAUAG